AUGCCUUCCUCGGCAGUCUAUCCGGACAUCAACAUCCCCGAUGUCGAUCUAUGGGGCUUGAUGUUUGAGAAUGAAAGGGAAGAAAAGUUCCCCGUUGACAAGACUAUCUAUCGCGAUGCCAUCACAAACCGCCAGUACACGUACUCUGGCCUUCGAGAUGCUGCAAUUGCCUUUGGACAAGGCUUGCGCUCAGCAUGGGAUUGGAAGAAAGGGGAUAUUAUCACGCUGUUUACCCCGAACAGUAUUGACAUGCCUGUCGUCAUAUAUGGUACCUUCUUCGCAGGUGGGAUUGUGUCACCGGCUAACCCUAGCUACUCCGUCGAUGAGCUAGCCUUUCAAUUGAAGGAUAAUGGCACUAAAGCGAUCGCAACAUUCAAGUCACUUCUACCCAUUGUUACCGCGGCGGCAAGGAAGACGGGUAUUUCUCCGGGGCAAAUCAUCUUAAUUGGCGAUGAGCGAGAUUUUAGUGGACAAUUUCGCCAUGUUGAUGAGAUUAUGCGGGCGACAUCACCGCAUGGUCAACUGCGAGCAAGGUUGAAUCCUGACACCGACCUCGCGUUUCUUGUCUAUUCAUCCGGAACAACGGGACUGCCCAAGGGGGUCAUUUUAAGUCACCGGAACAUCGUCUCAAAUGUCUUGAUGGUAUCCUCUUCUGUGGGCAAGAGCUAUUCUUGGCACAAGGACAAGUUGAUCGGGAUCCUGCCUUUCUACCACAUUUACGGACUUACAUGCCUCAUUCACCAACCGCUGUAUAGGGGAAUCGAAAUGAUUGCAAUGGAGCGCUUCGAUCUAGAAACAUUCCUCGGCACCGUCCAAGACGAGAAAAUCACAUUCGUUUACCUUGCCCCGCCGGUCCUGGUCCACCUGGCAAACAACCCGAUCGUCGACAAGUACGACCUGAGCUCACUGCGCAUGGUCACAUCUGGAGCUGCGCCCCUAACGCGCGAGUUGGUGGAUACAGUCCACAAGCGUCUGAAUAUUAAGAUCAACCAAGCCUAUGGACUGAGUGAAACUAGUCCCAUUACGCAUACCCAGCCUUGGGAUGAAUGGUAUACCAGUGUCGGUAGCGUGGGGAAGCUGAUGCCUAAUCUCUCUGCUAAAUACCUAUCGCCUGAUGGUGGAGAGGUACCGACGGGGCAGGAUGGGGAGCUUUGUCUUAAGGGACCAAGUAUCUUCAAAGGGUAUUUGAAUAAUGAAGAAGGAACUCGCAAUGCUUUCACUUCGGAUGGAUAUUUUAAGACGGGUGAUGUUGGAUAUCAUGAUAGUCGGCACAAUUUCUAUAUCACGGACCGAGUGAAGGAGCUUAUUAAGUACAAGGGAUUCCAGGUUGCUCCGGCUGGUGAGUCCACCUCUUAUCUAAACGAGACGUAUCUAAUGGCGAUCACAGAGCUCGAGGGACUUUUGAUUUCCCAUCCAACUGUCGCGGAUGUUGCGGUGAUAGGUGUAGACCAAGAUCAUACUGAAGUCCCUCGUGCGUACAUCGUUCUAUCGCAUAGUGUGAGAGAGUCGCCAACCACGGCGGAGGUGAUCAGGAAGUGGAUGGACUCGAAAGUCAGUCACCACAAGAAAUUGAGAGGUGGUGUGAGAUUCGUGGAUCAGAUUCCGAAGAGUGCAGCGGGGAAGAUCUUAAGGAGGAAUUUGAAGGAGAUUGCUAAGCAGGAGCAGGCGUCUCUUCAAGCUAAGCUAUGA